AUGCUACCUGUGCAGAUUUUGAAGGACAACGCACAGGAGGAGCGCGCGGCAAGUGGUGAACAUCAAGGAAUCAAGGUCACAAAUGAUGGAGCCACAAUUCUCAAGUCAAUUGGUGUAGACAAUCCGGCUGCCAAAGUGCUUGUUGACAUGUCCAUGACACAGGACAGUGAAGUUGGAGAUGGAACAACAUCGGUAACAGUGCUUGCAGCUGAACUGCUGAGAGAGGCUGAAAAAUUGGUUAACCAACGCAUCCAUCCUCAAACGAUUAUUGCUGGAUACCGACGAGCACUGUUGAUUGCUCAGGAUGCUCUUCGUUCUUCAGCUAUGGAAUCAGGCAAAAACAUGGAGGAGGAUUUGCUGAAGAUUGCUCGUACUACUCUGGGAUCCAAGAUUUUGAACCAGCACAAAGAUCACUUUGCCAAGUUGGCAGUCGACGCGGUGCUGAGAAUGAAGGGAUCAGGGAAUCUCGAUGCGAUCCAAAUCAUUAAGAAGCUCGGUGGUUCAAUGAGUGACUCUUAUCUCGAUGAAGGCUUCCUUCUCGAAAAGCUGCCGGGUAUGUACCAACCGAAAAGGAUGGAGAAGGCCAAAAUCCUCAUCGCGAACACCCCAAUGGACACAGAUAAGGUGGACAAGAUUCUUGCUCAUAAAAUCAACGUCUUCAUCAAUAGGCAGUUGAUCUACAAUUAUCCCGAGCAGUUGUUUGCUGAUGCUAACGUGAUGGCUAUCGAACACGCUGACUUUGAGGGAAUUGAACGGCUUGCACUAGUGCUUGGUGGAGAAAUCGUCUCAACAUUCGACACACCAGAAAAUGUGAAAUUCGGCUCAUGUGAUCUUAUCGAGGAAGUGAUGAUUGGCGAAGACCGUCUAUUGCGUUUUAGUGGUGUACCUCUUGGGGAAGCUUGUUCGAUUGUGCUCCGUGGUGCCACGCAACAGAUCCUGGAAGAGGCGGAGCGAUCGUUGCAUGACGCGCUCUUGUGUGCUGAAUCACUCCACGUCAAAGAGUCCAAAACCGUGGCUGGUGCUGGUGCAUCAGAAGUUCAUAUGAGCACAGCAGUGGCCAUGGAGAGUCAUAAGGUGGCAGGAAAGGAGGCACUGGCAGUUGAAGCAUUUGCUCGUGCUCUGGCUCAGCUACCAACGAUUAUUUGUGACAAUGCGGGUCUCGAUAGUGCCGACUUGGUUACCAGACUGCGAGCAGAACAUGCUAACGGUCACCACAACAUGGGAAUAGGUACAUCUUGA